UAACUAUAUUUGCUCAGAAAAAAUGACCAUGUCACAGGAAAACAUGUAUACUCAAGUGUAAUAAAGGAGGUAGAGUUAACUCCCUUCUGUAAACACCGCCUCCAAUAUACUAGUAAUGGUAUUGUUUAGCUUCAAGACCUUUGUGACGACUACUCAUAGGUAAAACACGUGCACAAAAUCACGUGCUAAACCGAUGUAGAUAGCUGAGUGGUGUUCCCCUGUAGGUACUUAAGCACGUGUAUCGCAUGUCGUCAAAUCAUUUGGUGCGGUCAGCUGCUUUACCUGGGUACCUCGGAUAAGAUGGCUAGGUGUGUUCGUCUCGUUCUCUGCAUGAUCAUCGUUUUAAACGCUGUACGACAGAUUCGUACCCAGACAAAAUGUAGCAGCUUUGUUGUGCUUAGUAAUGAUACCGAGGAGAGUUGCAACCUUGAUCAAAUACAAGACCCCGCAGACGAAAACGAGGCUCAUCGGAUACCAGAAGCCAUGGGCGACGUACUUCCAGAAGAUUUCAUGGAACAAGGAGAACUGCUGACCAAGCGCAAGGUCAUCAGAUUCAUAUCUAAGAUCUGGCCACACGGCAUCAUCCCCUACAAGUUUGAGACCGGUGGACGCCGUUUCACAAAGAGCAAGUCGACCAAGUACGUCCAGAUAGCGAUGAAGCACUGGCAGCGAUAUACUUGUCUGGAAUUCAUAGACAUCCACAAACAGAGACAGCGAUAUGCGUCACUGAGGAAAGUUCUGAAGCACGAUCACUACCUGUCUUUUGGAACUGGACAAGGGUGCGCAUCAAUGGUUGGUUAUACUCGAAAACACGCUCAACCCAUUUAUCUAAGAGAACCAGGCUGUACAAUGCCGGGUAUCGUGGUACACGAGAUCGGCCACGCUAUCGGGUUCUAUCACGAGCAGUGCCGAGAGGACCGGGACAACUUCGUUAACAUAAACAUGGAACUUGUACAGGAGCCAGGCCGGAAAAACUUCGCUAAAGUCGUCACUCACACCGAAAUAGCGCCGUACGACUUGGCGUCUACGAUGCAUUAUGGAUCGAAGUACUUUAGUAAAAACGGUGGCAGUACCAUCAAAGCGCGAGAUUCUAACCUCAACUUCCUACUUGGACGCCGGAUCGGACUGAGCUUCUACGAUGUCAUAGCGGCAAACAACGCGUACAAAUGCUCAGGGAAAUGCAACAGAAAAACGGCCCCAAAAUGUGAGAAUGGGGGUAUGUGGUAUAAAGCCUGUGAGUGUUUAUGUCCAGAAGGGCUGGCCGGUGACCGUUGUGAGCAGAUUGAUCACUCCUGGACUAUCAGCGGUUGUGGAGGCAUAGUUCAAAUCUCCUCCGACAAUGAAGUGAUAAGUUCUCCGAACUUUCCCGGGUCUUAUGGAAAAGCGAAAUGCGUGUGGCUGAUCAAGUCCCCAGCCGACACUCAGAUUAAAACAGCCGUCACAGUUAAGAACAUCCCAAGAUCAUCGAGGAGACAGGAGUGCCACCAUUGGUUAGAGGUCCGCUACAAUCUGAUUGGUCAAAACGGUCCAAGAUUGUGCGGUGCCAACGGUUUUAAGGAAUUUCCUUUAUCCUCUGACAACCUGGUCCUGCUGCGCUUUGAUGGUUCCAAAGGACAUGUCAAAACGUCGAGAGGCUUCCAGGUCAAAGUUCAAGCAAUUAAAGCUUUUAACAUGGGCGACCGUUUGUUCUACUGUGAUUUCGACACAAGUGUGUGUGGAAUGACGUACUCCUCCCCGACGUCAGAUCUCCAAUGGCGACGGGAAAACUGGGUGGUCCUUGGACCCUACAAGGAUCAUACUUCCGGGAAAGGCACGUUCCUCGUUGAGGCAGACAAAGCUAAGAAAAACGGAUCAGUAGCUCAGAUGACGAGUCCCGACUUCCAGGUCAGUAGCACCGCCUGCUUGCGGUUCUGGUACUUUGCAUACGGCUAUCAUCUUGGGCAAUUCCGGAUUUACACUUUGACUGAGGACAAAGAUAAGAAGGUCGUAUGGACGCUAGACACGAAUCCGAAGACUCGCUCCUGGAAACGUGCACAAGUUGAAUUACAAAGUCAAGGAAUGCUCAAGUUGAUUAUGGAGGUGACAGCGAGUGCUAAAUGGGGAAACUAUGCAGUAGAUGACAUGGAAGUCACCAUAGGAACGUGUUAGGUCAAACAUGUGUUUGUCUACAGGGAAAUCACCAUGGCAACGUGUUAGGUCAAACAUGUAUUUGUCUACAGGGAAAUCACCAUAGGAACGUGUUAGGUCAAACAUGUUUUUGUCUACAGGGAAAUCACCAUGGCAACGUGUUAGGUCAAACACGUGUUUUUCUACAAGGAAAUCACCAUAGGAACGAAUUCGGUCAAACACGUGUUUGUCUACAAGGAAAUCACCAUGGAAACGUGUUUGUCUACAAGAUAAUCACCAUGGAAACGUGUUUGUCUACAAGAUAAUCACCAUGAGAACAUGCAAGGUCAAACACGAGUAAACACCCCGUGGGAACGUGUUAAUGCUUAAACAAUCUUUCUGUGAUAUAUUUAAAAAAUACUGACAGAGAAUAUAUUUUCUACAUAUUUAUUUAUUUUCAAAUUAACCUAUUUUUACUUGUUAAAGUGGUGAGAAAUACAAUUUUGA